CUGCUAUUCAAUGUAUUCAAAGAAACAUGUCAACUAAGAAAGGGUUGGCUGUUGUCACUGGAGCAUCGAGAGGAAUUGGGUUGGCUGUUGCUCAUCAAUUCAUUCAAGCUGGCAUUCCUACAGUUCUUGUAAGCAGAAACUUGCCAGUACUUGAGCAUAUACGAUCACAACUGAUUCAAACAUCCGGCUCUUCACUCUUGCCUGAUAUUCAUAUUCGUAUGACUGAUGUAUCAGAUGCUUCUCAAGUAGAUUUACUCUGUAAAGAACUGUCUUCAUUGGGUCAUAUUCAGUAUUUAGUCAAUUCUGCUGGUGUGUCACUCAACAGUCUUCUCAUAACAACUACAUUAAACCAGAUUGAAACAACAAUUCAUACCAACUUGAUGGGUACAAUCUUUAUGUGUAAAGGUGUCUUGCGUAAUAUGGUUAAAUAUCGUUCUGGUUCCAUCGUUAAUGUUGCUUCAGUUGUUGGUGUCAACACUGCAAGUGCUGGUGCGUCCAUCUACGCUGCAUCAAAAGCUGGUGUAGUAGGCUUUACAAAAUCUAUGGCUGCAGAGGUGGGUGCAAAGGGAAUUUAUGUGAAUGCUAUCGCUCCAGGAUUUAUAGAAACAGACAUGACUGCAGACAUUUCUACACAGAAACGACAAGAUAUAUUGAACAAGAUUCCAUUGGGUCGGUUCGGUACUGCUGACGAAGUAGCCAAAGGAGUUUUUUAUUUGGCACGAGCAUCUUUCACUACAGGUCAAUGUUUGGUUAUGGAUGGUGGACAGACAGCAUGAUGGAUUCUUCAAUCUGAAAUACUUGAAAUACUACCAAAAAAUAAAUGACAAUCAUUUUGAAAGAUAUUC